GUCAAAAAAUUGAACACACCAGCAGUGUGUGAGGAGACCUGAAAGUGGCACAUGGCAGAGUGUGGCGAUGGAGACAGCAGCAAUGGGAGGCCGUACAGGGACCCAUGACAGAGACUCUGGACCUGGCAGCAGCAUGAGGAGGCGGUAUACAGGGGCCCAUGGCAGAUUAGGGGCCUGGCAGCAGCUAUGGGAGGCCCGUAAUCUGCCAGCACCCUAUGUCAAAAAAUUGAACACACCAGCAGUGUGAGGAGACCUGAAAGUGGCACAUGGCAGUGUGGCGAUGGAGACAGACAGCAAUGGGAGGCGGUACAGGGGCCCAUGGCAGAUUAGGGGCCUGGCAGCAGCUAUG